CUGUGCUUCAAAUAAUUCCCCCUCUAUCUCUCUCUCCUCCGGAUGAGCGGCAGCAACAGCAAGGCUCUGAAUCGGAUGCCUCUCCCAUCGACCCGGGCGAGCUGCACCCCUCCUCCCUCUCCUACGACUCUCUUCCUACUCGCUCCUCCCUCUCUCCCACCCUCCCUCCUUCACUUUCUAACCCUCUUGCUCCUUCUCCUCCUCCUCUCCUCUCAGCUGUGGAUGCCCUCCUCACUUACAGUAUGGACUCGGGAGGGGAAGGAGAAGAGGGUUGGAUGGAGGACCAGUGGGAGAAAUGGUUGACCCAUGACAUCAGCCUGGAUGAGUUUGAAGAUGACGACCUGUCGGAGAUUACAGAGAUCACAGAUGAGUGCGGGAUGAGCCUCAACUGCAAUGGCCCGGAUAUAAAGGGCCAUGUGAGGCGAGGAACCAAUAGCAUGUCGGGGAGGGCAGAGCUGGGUGCCGUUGGCCACCUCCAGGCAGAGAUGCUGCAUUUGGAACUCAUCGACGGUGCUGACGGUUACCGCGGUGACAAAGAGUCCUCGAAGGCGUCCGCCAUCGCACCCCCACCAGUUACCAAGGUCCCUGCAGCAACUGUAACUAUGGAUACUUACCGACCCAAGAGACCAACGACCCUUAACCUCUUCCCGAUUGUGCCACGCACACAGGACACAUUAAACAACAACUCCUUUGGGAAGAAAUACAGUUGGCAGGAGAAGGUUUCGGGCUCGUCCUCGCCUCUUAAAACAGGUGAGCUCACUCCUCCACGUGAGCACAGCUGUCUGAGCGACGAAGACAAGGUCCAGGGAGGGGGAGCGCAGACCAAAGACCGCGGGACCUCCACUGACGCCCCUUGCAGACACAGCCACACCUCUGGACACUCGCACGGCUCAUCUACAGCAGCUGCGACACGCUCCAAGCUUCAGGAGAAGCCACCCGCGCCACCGCCGCCACAGAACUAUACACCAGCUCCUCUGUAUCCGGCAGGGAAGGCGGAUGGAGGCAAUCACCACCGGGAGAGGAUCCGCUACCACACGGACGUUCAUCUAGAGCCCACAGAGGAGAUCUAUCUGACUCCUGUGCAGCGUUCUGCAGACCCCCUGGAACCGCCCAACUCACAGGACCGGCCUUUCCUCUCGCAGCAGACUGAGCAGGGCCGUAUGUCCAUCAGCUCUGACACAGAGGGCCCGCCUCCUUACCAGCCCCUCCCAGACCGGACAAACCCCUCCAUCUAUGAGGAGGACGAGGUCUACGUCCCCCCACCUUCAUAUGCUUCUUGUGUAGAGUCACUCAUUACGCCGCCCAGCAUGGCUGUCUCAGCUCGCUCCUCCCUCGCGCUAGACCUCAGCCUGAAGGGGGCGGGAACGGAGGCCGGGGUCAUGUUGAGAGGCGGGUCAUCGGUGGAGUACGUGGAUGCCACAGAUGAAAGCUACUGUGGGGAAGAUGAGGAUGUUGACAGAAUAAUAAUGGAUGGAAGAAUGAGGAAGGGGGGAGGAAAGGGGGAUGGUGGUAGCAGCAGAGUCCCAGUAAGGACUUCCAUGAGCUCGGAGGCCAGCGGCCUUUCGUAUGACUCAGUCAAAUACACGCUGGUGGUGGAUGAGCAUGCUCAGCUAGAACUGGUCAGUCUCCGGCAGUGUUACCAAGGCUACAGUGAUGACAGCGACUCAGCCACUGUCUAUGACAACUGCGUCUCUUCUCCCUACGAGUCGGCCAUCGGGGAGGAGUACGAGGAGGAAGAUGAGGAGGAGGAGGACAGCACUCGGAUAGGUGGAGUGAGGAGAGAGGCCACAGCCUGUCUGUCUGAAGACUCCACUCCAGAGGUCGACCUUCACUUCUCCAAGAAGUUCCUCAACGUCUUCAUGAAUGGACGCUCCCGCUCCUCCAGUGCGGAGUCCUUUGGCUUAUACUCUUGUAUCAUAAAUGGAGAGGAGAAGGAUCAGAGCCACAGAGCUGUGUACAGGUUUGUCCCUCGACAUGACGAUGAGUUGGAGCUGGAGGUGGAUGAUCCGUUGCUGGUGGAGGUUCAGUCGGAGGAUUACUGGUACGAGGGCUACAACAUGCGAACUGGUGCCCGUGGGAUCUUCCCAGCUUACUACGCUAUAGAGGUGGCCAAGGACCCCGAGAGCUUCAAAGUAAAGAGCAGUGAAUGGAUGGACAGAUACCGGCUGAAGUUCCUGGGCUCAGUUCAGGUGCCCUACCACAAAGGAAACGAUGUUCUGUGCGCAGCUAUGCAGAAGAUUGCCACCAACAGAAGGAUGACAGUCAAGUACAACCCGCCUUCCUCCUGCAUCCUGGAGAUCAGUGUUAAAGGCAUCAAGCUUGCCGUUCAGGAGGAUUAUUACGCCUGUGACAGAAGCAACGAGUGCAAUCACUUCUUCCAGUUAAAGAACGUUUCCUUCUGCGGCUAUCACCCCAAAAACAGCAAGUAUUUCGGUUUCAUUACUAAGCACCCAGCAGACCAGAGAUUUGCUUGCCAUGUGUUUGUGUCUGAAAACUCCACCAAACCUCUUGCAGAGUCAGUAGGGAAAGCCUUCCAGUUGUACUAUAAAGAGUUUGUGGAGGUGUCGUGCCCCACAGAGGACAUCUACCUGGAAUAACCCUACCCUGCCUUCAACCACAGCCCUGUACAGUACACUGUAUCAUAACAUAAUGUUGCAUGGACAGACAUAUCUAAAAUAAAAUUUAAAAAAAAGAAAAAUUGAAAAGUUAACACAUCUGACAGACGAGCAGGAAAAGAAGGAUCAAGGACUGGAACUGUGGUGAAACCUUUGUGCGACAAGAAGAGAUGAAAAUGAGCCAAUGGAGGCAUGUCUUGAGAAAAGAAAAUAUGCAAAAUGGAGUCAGUGAUGAGGUGGUGAUCACAGGCUGUCCAUGGAAAGCACAAACGUUGUGUCACUGUAGCCUUGGCAGCGCUAGUUAGCCUGUAGCAUCGCCUCGGCAGGUUCAACACUGAAAGCCCGGGAGCCGUACUGCACCAGCUUGCACUCGACAAAAGGAAAACAGCAGCCGAGGUUUGGAAAAAUGAACACAUGAUGAGUUUGCUCUGACUUUUAAUAUUUAGGGUCUGAGCAGAAGAGAUGUGUAUAUUUACUAAAUAACAUCCUCACACUGAAAAUGUACACUAAGUGAAACAAAUCCAUGUAGGAACAGUGAAUUUUAGCCUGUAGCAUACCUGAUAGGAGGCCGAUAUUCACAUUGCUCAAUUACAACAGAAAAUCUACCCUAAAACACUGUUUUUAAAACCAGCUACAGGUGAUGUUCUUUGCAUUUUUUGGGUCCCUUUUAGACAACCAAGCCUUCUUUUCAAAUCUAUUUUUAUCAGCUGUUUGGCAGCAGAAAAUGUAGCCAUCUGAGACAUCAAUGUCCGCAAGGCUCUCUUACACAGGAGCUGAAGUAUGAGCUGUGCACACUGCAAGGCACCGAGAAGCCGGAAAGCACCAAGGAAUUCAAACAACAAAAGGAGCCUAGCAAACACUGUGUAUUUUAGUUUAACACAAAUAAGGGUUAGAGCUGAAAAAACCCACAUAAAGGUAGCCAGCAACUAUUGUGACAAUCACUUAAUUAUAUAAAUGUAAAGUAUUUCAGCAGAAAAUGCCAACUUCACUUCAAAUGUCAACAUUUGUUGAAUCACCUUGUCAACUUGGGAAUUUUGAUUGUCAUGUUCAACUUUUUGCUGACAUUAUAUAGAACAAAUGAUAAUUAAUUGAUAAUUAAAAUAAUCAUUAGUUGCAGCCUUAGACCCAGUGACCUAGAACGUUGGUCUCCGUCACAUGCCGCACUCAAAUAAGGUCAUGGUUGAAACUGAUUAAGAGAUUGAUUGAGCGCAUUGGCAAGGCAUAAUGUUGUGGAAGUGGUGCACAAUGCAAGCCUUCUCCGAUUGGCAAACAAUAGUUGACGCAGAUGCAAAGCAGUUCUGCUGCAGAUCAUGUGUAGUCCUGAGAAUCAUAGAGCCGACCCUUUCCACAGAUGUUCCACAGUCAGACAGGGAACAGAGGAAAUAUAAAGACCGAUUUCUACAUUCAAAAGAACAUGCAAUAGACUAGAAUAGUAGUUGAAAAAAAAAGUAGUGGAGAAUAAAAUCACAAAUAACUCCUAGAAUGCACUGAGCAUCACUUGUCCUUGAUAAAAAGAAAAACAGUGUGAGGGUGUACAAGUGUGGAUUUUUCCUUUCAAUCCUUUUAGCAGCUUCUGUAGUGCUAAGCUAAACAGCCCCCACCAUUUGCCCAGUAAGCCUUAGUCCUUAACUCCUAGUCUAAUGCAAGACACACUGCGCUUCUUUACUGUGUGUUCUGACUAGGUAUGAAAUCAGUGACUUGAGAUGUUUAAUACAAGGAAAAAAAACAAAACAUUUGGCUUCGGCUCUUUGGUGGUACAAGACGAGGUCUUCUCCUUUUGUGUGGUGUUCUAGAAACUUGCUCCUCAUGGUUUCCGCAUCAGAAACAUCAAAUGCUCUCAGUGUGGCGGUGAUAGGAAGAGAAGGCUGAUCCUCGGUACAGUAGGUACAGGUGCUGACAGGGGAGCUAAAGCAAAACUCUGGUGUCUUCAUAUCUUCACUAGUAGUGCCUCUUUUUUCAUCAGAUCAUUGUGUCCUUCCUCAGUGAACAUUAUCACGACAUUUAAAGGGAUUGCCAUUGAGUGUGUGUUGAGUUUAAGAGUUUGAAUGCAAAUAGUGAUGUAGGGGGAUGUUUGGUGUGACUUGUGCUUUCUUUCCACUGCACUAAAAGUGCUGUGCUGUACCUGUGCUGUCACACAGAAAAUUGAGGCUACACUAAAAUUGUGCUAAUACCCUUUAUCUCUGUUACAGGACAGUAUACACAUAGACAUUGCUUAUAGUCUAUAUCUGGCCCUCGGAAUGAUUAAAAAAAGACAGCAGCGGGCAGGCUUUACAAUGCCACAGGAAGCAAAGGAAUUGUAAGGACUUGGUCUCAACUAUCUAAAAUACUACAAACAGCUUUUAAAGAAAAAUGUUAAAAGCCAUAAUGACAUUUAUUGGUCAGCAUUUAGAUACCUGGAAGACUUACAUUUUUACUUGCAGUUUGCUUAUGUAUACUUGUGACUUGACUACAUACUUGAGUAGAGCUAGAGAAAGAUAAUUGGCGUUAUUUUUCAAGUAAAAAUGGCAAAUAUUCUCCAGUUCCUAUAUUAAGGAGAUUUGCUGCUAAACUGAAUAGUGAAUAUUUGAAGGAUCUGGAGUUUUGUCAAUGAAACAAAACAAGCCAUCUUAUGAUGCCACCUUAGGCUUUGAACAAUUGAAACAGGCAUCUGUCACUAUUUUUGGUUUGAUUGGUCGUUAGUCCUGAGACUUGACUUAGAUUUGUCCCAAAGGAUUCUAACUUUUUAACUUAGCUUUACAAAACAGUUUCACUUCCUCAAAUGAAUUUGCAUGCAUAUCACAUUGGUUCCCCCUCUGUAGUUUUCUCUCAACGUGUUAAUAAUGCACAUUGCAUUAAUAAAAUGAACUUAAUGGUGUAAAGUUGUGACAAAGUGUCAGUUUUCGAAUUAAGACUUUAUGAUGUGUUCUGAACAAGGGCUGAAAGGAUUGUUAUCAGAUCUUUUUCAAUCGUCCUGGGUCCAGCAUGGGUACAGCACAGUUGUUCUGCAGUAAAAAAAACAAAAAGAAAGUUUCCUUGGGUGGCUUACUACAUCAUUUAUCACUAACACUUAUUUGUAACAGAUUAUUUUAUGUGAUCUAUAUUUAACAGAAGAUAAAAACGUCUGUAAAAAGAUUCAUUAAUGAAGGAUGUGGAAAUUGUCAUUUCAGCCAUCUCACCAGUCCCUACAGUUUGUUCCAUUAAAAAAAAAACACAGUAUCUCUAGCAAAACAAACGAGUUGUCUGCUGUUGCUGAUCAAAGUCAUCAUGUUCGACUCACAAGAUCAACACUGACUUUUAUAUGAGUUCCCUUCUCAAGAGCCAAUCAGGCAGACAGGAGAAGUGUAAAGUAAUGGGAGCUAUACAAAGGGUGUAUAGACAUGCCAUAUAUAAAUAAAUAAUUUAAUAUCUGUAAUUAUAAAUAUUAAAUUGUAUUGAUUCAACAUGUAGUAUGUGAAAUUUCUCUUUAUUUUGGAAUUUUUUUAGGUGUGAACUAUUCUUUAUUUAAAAAUUUUAAUGCAGA